AUGGUCAACCGGAAUGCAGAGCACCCUCCCUUGAUUGCCCAGUUUACAAUGACACAAGCAGCUCCAUUUAAAGACCAAAAAUACCACCGCCCACCAAGUCAGUCCAUCGGUAGCAACUACUCUCCGUUGGCCGCGCGGCUUCAACUGAACCGUUUAUUUGUUUGCCGUCUGCACUCAUCCGAUUCUGGGGUCCCAGCGAAUAAACGCGCUAAACUAGAUGAAAAUCAGCACUUAAUUACUUCCAACUCGAGGCCAAGGUCACCGCUUACUCAGAUAAAAGAGAUGAUGUACACCGAGUCAGAGUUUCGGCGACACAUUGAAGAACCCUCCGAUCGCGACAUUAAGCGCUACCUGUACUACAUAGAACAUGGCGUCCCUGACAAAAUGCUUGCUGAACCACCUGAUCGACUGUGGAAGAGUCUGAAGUGCAGUGUGCCUGAGCGACUGGUUAAGCGUUGGAGCCAGCUGUCCCAGGAUCUCCUUGAUGAAAUCACCCAGGGCUACAGAAGGGCAGUUAAGAAGGCAACAGUGGAUUAUAUUCUCAUGGAUCCGGAGGAGCGACUGAGGUUGUUCAUCAAAUGGACGCCAAUUCCAUACCCGACCUACGUUGUUAGAUCACCGGUUCCGUGGCACAAUGAGAUGGCAAACAGGAUUAAGUUGUGUCAACUCGGGCUUUUCGUGCCCUCUGCCAUGAGUCUAGCUCUAAGCCAACUGUGGCACACCAAGUAUGCUCACUUACGAUUCGUGGAUGUUGAAGCCUUCAAAAGGAUUACUGACCCGCUACCUCCAGCUGAAUUCGAAGGCCUCGUUCACAAGCAUAGCUUUGAAACGCGUGAUAUUCUCCGUAAACAAUGGAUUCCAGACUGUGCGCGAACGUUUGUUGAGCUGCGCAACCAGUGGGCGCACUUGCUGCCGGAGAACAAGACGGCGCCGCUUAAACAGACGCAGGUCUUCUUCUCCAGCAUCGAGGCCCUGAUGUCCGUCCAGCUGAGGAGCAUCGUCGAGGCGUCUAUCUACGAGCUGACGGAGUUCAUCGAGGAAUUCAAGGCGUCGAACGCCUUCCGCAAUGCGUACGACGAGAUGUCCUUCGUGAAGCGUCCGCUUCUAUUGAUCAAACUGAAGGCCGCCGAGCCGAAGGUCGUCUACUCACCGAGUCUGCGCGAGAUUCGCGAGCACCUCAUCAGGUGCUUCCAAACCAUCACGAAUGCGGCUACCAACCUCCCAAGAGUGGAGACGGAGCUAUUUCCGGGCAUGGUGAACCAGCCCAUCUACAUCCGGAGUGUCAACUACCAGGAGGACUUUGUGUCUAAGUGCACGGACCGCUCCAUCCACGUUUUCCGCCUGAACUCCGCCGGACCACGGCACUACAUCGAGUACUACCGGCCCUACGUGAACCUCCUCAACAACAAAGCCGAGAUGGAGCUUCGAAGCUUUAUCAAAGAGCGCCACAACCUAAUCAUGCUGAAGAAAAAAAAGCAACAUCUGAAAGAAGAAGAUCCGCUCGCAGUGCAACUGAAGGAGAGCUUAAACGAAGUCAAAAGGCAACUUGAUGGCUUUACGGACUUACGGAAGGAGAUUCUAGGGCUUCGUUUCACCGUGCCGCUUCAGCUCUUCUGCCUCGACUGCAAGGCCGUCAACUUGAAUUUGGCGAUGCGGACGCAGAAAUUACGCGACAUCCUGCAAAACUUCGAGCUUGACGAAGCGAGAGAAAUAAACAGGAGCAUCUGCCGACGUUACGACGCCAUUACGAAUAAACUCAGCGAGGAGCCCACCAACACACAGGCCCUGGUCGACCUUCAGGACUACCUCAAGAGCACAAGCGGCACGACCAUCUUCAAACUGCAAGAGGAGGUCGCCGAAGCCGCCAAUCAUCUCAUGUUCCUGCUAGACUACACCUUCAUGUCGGAAGAUGACAUCCGAUUGAAUUCUAACCUCUUUUCGUGGCCACGAUACAUCAAUGUGGUGCUUGACGUUGCGAACAACCGCUUAACGAAUCUGCGAGACGCAGCGGAGGAUGUUUUGAGAGCUCGCGUUGUCGCGUUGAAGGAUAAAAUUGCAAAUUCCGGGGAUUACGUCCAGGUCAUGCAGAAGAAGGAGACUCUUUCACAGGACGAUCUAAAACGGGCGAAUGCCACGCUAGAUGCCUUCGAGGCCAUGAUGAACGAGUUCAAGGAGGAGGCCGAGGCAAUCACAUUGGAGGAGCGACUUUUACAAUUCGAAGAGAGCGAAUUCCCACAGAUUACCGAGAUGCGCAAGGCUAUGGAGCCUUACGAGAGGCUCUGGCGAAUAGCCAGAGAUUUCGAGGAGAAGAGCAAGAUCUGGUUGCACUCGCCGUAUUGGAAAGUUGACGCUACGGAAGUAGAAACCGAGAUCUCAGACAUGUACAAGACAAUUCAUCGACUCACGAAGACUCUCAUUGAUCAACCGUCGUCGUUGAAAACCAAACUCGAGAAGUUCCGGGAGUACCUGCCGGCGAUCCAGGUGGUCUGCAACCCGGGCAUUCAGGCCCGCCACUGGACGCGGAUGUCCGAGGUGGUCGGCUUCGAUGUCACGCCCACGCCCACCACCGAGCUGCAGACGUUCCUCGACUACGGCCUGACCGAUUUCCUGCCGAAGCUGGAGGAGAUCGCCGCGUCGGCUGCCAAGGAGCACAAGCUGGAGGCGACGCUGAAGAAGAUGAAGUUGGACUGGGCGAACAUGCGGUUCGAACUGCUGCCCUAUCGUGACACCGGUGUGUGCAUUCUGUCGGCAGUGGACGACAUCCAGGUGCUCUUAGACGAUCACGUGAUCAAGGCGCAGACGAUGCGCAGUUCGCCGUUCAUCAAGCCGUUCGAGGAGGAAAUGAAGGCGUGGGAAACGAAACUUGUCACCAUGAACGAAACCAUCGACGUCUGGCUGAAGGCAAGCCACUCACCUUCUUGCUCCCUUGAUAAAGUUCAAACCAGCUGUUCUGGAAGCCUGGAGGUCCAGGCAACGUGGCUCUACCUCGAGCCGAUCUUCUCUUCCGAGGACAUUCUAGCUCAGAUGCCGGAAGAAGGCCGCAAAUUCGGCGUCGUUGAUGUGCUCUGGCGUGAGGUGAUGGCGGAGGCAGCUAAGAACCCCUACUGCCUGGUCGCCACCGACCAGCGUGACAUGCUGCGUCGACUCACCGACGGCAAUUACCUCCUGGAGGAAAUUCAGAAGGGCCUCAACGACUACCUGGAGAAGAAACGUCUCUUCUUCCCCAGGUUCUUCUUUCUGUCGAACGACGAACUGCUCGAAAUCCUCUCGGAGACCAAGGAUCCGCUGCGUGUGCAGCCGCACUUGAAGAAGUGCUUCGAAGGCAUCAGCUGCCUGAACUUCACCGAGCAGCAGGAGAUCAUCGGGAUGGUCUCGGCCGAGGGCGAAGUCGUGCCUUUUGUGACGAAGAUCUACCCAGCCAAGGCAAAGGGUAUGGUGGAGAAGUGGCUUCUUCAGGUGGAGGAGAUGAUGAUUCAAAGUAUCCGCAAGGUAAUCGUGGACAGCAUUGCGGCCUACGAAGCAACGGUUCGCGAGAAGUGGGUCCUCGAUUGGCCGGGUCAAGUUGUUCUGUGCGUCGCAAUGAUCUACUGGACAACCGAGGUUCAGAAAGCCAUCGCAAGCCAGAAGCUAUUGCCACAGAAGGUCAAGUGUGACAGACAAAUAGAAGACAUCGUGGAUUUGGUAAGAGGGCCUCUUACAGCGGGUGAACGCCUCACUCUCGGUGCUCUCAUCGUUCUUGAUGUGCAUGCGCGUGACGUGGUGGCAGAACUCGUGACAGCCGAUACCAGUUCGAUUACGGCCUUCGAGUGGCUGAGUCAAUUGCGCUACUACUACUCCGCCAGGGAAAACCACUCCAUUUUCGUCCAACUCAUCACUGCUCAACUGGUGUAUGGAUGUGAGUACCUCGGCAAUUCCCCGCGCCUUGUCAUCACACCGCUAACGGACCGCUGCUAUCGCACCCUAAUGGGCGCCAUUCAGUUGAACCUGGGCGGAGCGCCCGAGGGUCCUGCGGGAACGGGAAAAACGGAGACGUCGAAGGACUUGGCGAAGGCAGUUGCCAAACAGUGCGUCGUCUUCAACUGUUCCGAUGGUUUGGACUACAAGGCGAUGGGCAAGUUCUUCAAGGGUCUGGCUCAAGCCGGUGCCUGGGCGUGUUUCGAUGAGUUCAACAGAAUCGAGUUGGAGGUGCUCUCUGUGGUCGCCCAGCAGAUCCAGUGCAUCCAGAUCGCCAUCGCACAGGGCCUGAAAAAGUUCGUCUUUGAGGGAACCGAACUGGAGCUCAAUCCAACCUGCACCAUCUUCAUCACCAUGAAUCCCGGCUAUGCUGGUCGCCAGGAACUCCCCGAUAAUCUAAAGGUUCUCUUCAGAUCGGUGGCAAUGAUGGUGCCCGAUUACGCUCUAAUUGGCGAAAUAUCCCUCUACUCAAUGGGCUUUGUAGAGGCCAAGUCCUUAUCAAGCAAAAUCGUGGCCACUUACAAACUGUGCUCCGAACAGCUCUCUUCGCAGCACCACUACGACUACGGUAUGCGUGCGGUGAAGUCAGUUCUCACUGCGGCGGGCAACCUUCGUCAAAGGUACCCCGACGAAGACGAGGACAAACUCGUUUUGAAGGCCAUCAUCGACGUUAAUUUGCCCAAAUUCCUUGCCCAGGACAUUCCCCUGUUUGAGGGCAUCAUCUCAGACCUCUUCCCAGGUGUUGAGUUGGCCGAGGCCGACUUCUCUUCAUUUUUCGCAGCCGUGGAAGAGUGCUUAGCAACACGCAAGCUCCAGUCUAUACCAUGGUACAACUCCAAGAUCCUGCAGAUCUACGAGAUGAUAUUGGUUCGCCAUGGUCUCAUGAUCGUCGGAGAGGCCUUGGCAGGCAAAACUCAGGCCUACCAGACUCUCGCUGAUGCGCUGACCCAGUUAUCGGAGACGAAGACAAUGCGUGAUGAGACCCCAGUCCACUAUGGCAUCAUAAAUCCCAAGUCGAUCACCAUGGGCCAGCUCUACGGUCAGUUCGAUGCCGUCUCGCACGAGUGGUCCGAUGGUGUUCUAGCCGUCCUAUAUAGGAGGUACGCCCAAGCGCAGGACGAUAACCGACAGUGGGUGGUAUUCGAUGGUCCAGUCGACGCUGUGUGGAUUGAGAACAUGAACACAGUGCUAGACGACAACAAGAAGUUGUGUCUCAUGUCGGGCGAGAUAAUAGCCAUGUCGAAGCGCAUGAACAUGAUCUUCGAGUCGGCGGAUCUGGAACAGGCCAGUCCUGCCACUGUCUCGCGGUGCGGGAUGAUUUUCAUGGAGCCCUCUGAGUUGGGCUGGCGACCGAUGGUCAACUCCUACCUGGAGCACGGCCUGCCUCCCGUCCUAACUGAGGAGCACAGGAACCUCCUGAGGGACCUCUUUGAGUGGCUCAUCGACCCCUGUCUCGAGUUCAUAACCUACGAGUGCACCCAACUCAUGCCCGUCUCCCAACUCCACGCGGUCAGACAACUGAUCACACUUUUCGACGCGCAUCUCGAUCAAAUGCGUGAACUCGGUGCCAGGAAAUCCGGGGUGGAGGGUGAGUUCUUUACUUCUAGAGUACAAAGCCCUGGAAUUUUUCUCCAAUCAGGAAAAUGGAGAAUGUUGUGGAAUGGAAUGGAGACACGUGCUCUUGGAGUGAGUCAGACAACUUCUGAUACGUAUUUAAGGAACCCCGACGUACUGUGCAGGAAAAAAUGCACGCAGCACACACAUCUCGAUGUGAUAUUUGCAUAUUUUCGACUUGACACAGAUGAGGAUCAGGCAGACGGAGGUGCGUUUGGUCUGACGGAGCAGACAAUAACACUUUGGCUGCAGGGUCUUUUUAUAUUCUCGUUGGUCUGGAGCCUGGGCUCUGCGUUGCCGCUGGAUCAUCGUGUUCGCUUCGACGCGGUCCUCAGGGGCCUCCUGUCUGGACAGAACCCUCUCUACACGCGACCUGAGUCGGUGAAGCUCACGAAAAACAACUCUCUACCCGAACGCUUGACAGUCUACGACUUCAUGUUUGAACGAAAGGCAACUGGAUCUUGGGUGGAGUGGUCUUCGAAGCUCUCCGUCCCCGAGCUUGGACGCGACGAUCGCCCUGAGGAUAUGAUCGUCCCUACCGCUGAGACUAUCCGCAUUUCUUACUUCCUAGACAUCUACCUCUCGCACCGAAUUCCCAUGCUAAUUGUCGGACAAACUGGAACUGGGAAGUCUGUCCUCGUGAAUCGACACCUUGUCACCCUCCCCAAGGAAGUCUACAUCCCCAAUACACUCAACUUCUCGGCUCGUACCUCAGCGAACCUGACCCAGGACAUAAUUAUGUCGCGUCUGGAUCGUCGCAGACGGGGCGUGUUUGGUCCACCCCCGGGCAAACAGUGCAUUGUCUUCGUGGACGACCUGAACAUGCCUGCCAAGGAGGUGUACGGCGCGCAGCCACCCAUCGAACUCCUCAGGAUGUGGAUUGAUCAUGGCCACUGGUACGACACGAGAAACAACUCCAAGCAGUUCCUGAUUGAUGUGUUGUUUCUCGCCGCGAUGGGUCCGCCAGGAGGUGGCAGAAACGACAUCACCACGCGAUUUACACGCCAUUUGAAUGUUUUCGGUGUGAACGAGUCAAGCGACGCGACAAUGAGUCGCAUCUUCUCAAUCAUAGCAGACAAACACUUCGCAAAAGGCUACGACCCGCAAUUCAGUCGUCUCUCGAAGGUAAUGGUGCAGGCGACGCUGGAGACCUACAAGCGAGCCAUCGCAUCGUUCCUGCCCACACCGGCAAAGUCGCACUACGUCUUCAACAUGAGGGACUUCGCUCGAGUCAUCCGCGGCACCCUCCUUGUGCCCCCGGCCAGCAUGAAGGAGGGCGAGAAGUUCAUGCGUCUCUGGGUCCACGAGGUGUACCGGGUAUUCUACGACCGUCUGACACUUGAUUCUGACCGCGACAAGUGGUUUGAAAUAGUUAAGGACACCUUGGCCAACGUCUUCAAGGUUACAAUAGAUAAAUUGCUUGGGUACCUGAAUCCGUCCGGCAAUGUCACGGACGAAGACAUUCGUUCGCUUAUGUUCGGCGACUACAUGAACGACGACCACAUCUACGAUGAGGUGGCAAGCAUGGAGGAAAUCAGCGCGCGCAUGCAGGCCUUCCUGGACGACUACAAUUCAAUUACGAAAACACCGAUGAAUCUGGUGCUUUUCCAGUUCGCCAUGGAACACGUGAGCCGAGUGUCUCGAGUGCUGAAGCAGGAUGCUGGACACUGUCUGCUUGUUGGUGUGGGUGGCAGCGGUCGACACAGCGCUGUGCGUUUGGCCGCGCACAUGGCCGACUACGAGUACUUCACGAUUGAAAUAACGCGCAGUUACGGCUCCAACGACUGGCGCGAGGACUUGAAGAAGCUGCUGCUGAAGGCGGGCCUCGAGGGCAAACCGACGGUCUUCCUGUUCGCCGACAGUCAAAUCAAGAUGGAGUCCUUCAUGGAGGACAUCUCGAUGUUGCUGAACACCGGCGAUCUGCCGAACAUCUUCCCCGCCGACGAAAAAGCCGACAUGCUUGAUAAGUUGCAGACAAUUGCCAGAGAGGCGGGCAAAAAAUUAGAGAGCUCACCACUGGUCCAGUACAACUACUUCAUCGAGAGAGUUCGCAUGAAUCUGCACAUUGUUCUCGUGAUGAGCCCAAUCGGUGACUCGUUCCGGAACCGUCUCAGGAUGUUUCCGUCCCUGAUCAACUGCUGCACCAUCGACUGGUUCCAGGUGAGGUUUCAAAUCUGCGAACUCGAGCCGGAAGUCCGGGAUUCCAUCGUAACCAUCUGCAAACACUUCCACGAGAGCGUCCGCCUUCUCUCCCAGAAGUUCCUGGAACAGCUGCGACGCCACAAUUACGUUACUCCCACGUCUUACCUCGAGCUAAUUCACACAUUCAAGAAGCUGCUCAACCAGAAGCGCAGUGAACUGACCCUGAUGCGAAAUCGCUACCUAACCGGCCUCAAAGAACUCGACUUCGCAGCCGAGGAGAUCAGCAAGAUGAAGGUGGAACUGGUGGAACUGCAGCCGCAGCUGAUUGCGACCGGUGCCGAAACUGACGAACUCCUCGCCAAGGUGGCGAAGGACACGAUCCAGGUGGAAGCCCAGCGAACCGUGGUCGCGUCGGAUCAACUGAUCGCCAACCAACAGGCCGCGGCAGCCCAGUCUAUCAAGGAUGAAUGUGAAGCGGACUUGGCCGAGGCAUUGCCCAUUCUCAGCGAUGCUCUGGCCUCACUGGAUACUCUCAAGCAGAAUGACAUUACACUGGUUAAAUCUAUGAAAAAUCCACCCUCCGUUGUCAAGUUGGUAAUGGAAGCGGUGUGCAUUAUGAUGCAAGAGAAGCCAGACAGAAAACCAGAUGCAUCCACGGGUAAGAUGGUGGAGGACUAUUGGACCGUCUCGCUGAAACUCCUCGGUGACCUCAAGUUCCUGGAGAAACUUAAGUCCUACAACAUCGAUGCGAUUCCAGCGGCGGCGAUGAAACGCAUUCGCGACAUCUACAUACCCAACAAAGACUUCAACCCGAAGAUUGUCCGCAACGCAAGUACGGCCUGUGAGGGAUUGUGCAAGUGGAUCAUCGCGUUGGAUAAGUACGACGCCGUUGCCAAGGUGGUCGCUCCAAAGAAGGCCAAGCUAGCUGUCGCGGAGAAAGAGUUGGAAGUUCAGAACCAGAAGCUCUCGGAAAAGAUGGCCAUUUUGGAGGCCGUCGAAGCGAAAAUGGCCAAACUGCAGGCCGAACUUGACGCCGCACAGAAGAAGAAACAGGACCUCAUUGAGAACAUUGACCUCUGUGGAAAGAAGUUGGAACGCGCGACGCAACUCAUCAGUGGCCUCGGCGGCGAAAAGACCCGUUGGACGGCCGCGGCCAAACGGUUGAAGGUACGUUUCCGCUCCUCUGGUCUUCAUCAAUCCUUGCAGACCAGAUUUCUAAAGCACACCCUUCUCUAA